UUAGCUAGCUAGCUAUAUACGUAGAGCUAGCUAGCUGGAGCAUUAGCAGCUAUGGAUCCAAGCACCACUAUCCUUCGGGUGAAAAGAAAGAGAGGAACAGACCCUGCCGAUGCUUUACUGCUCGCCUGUAAACGUAUUAGACCGGAGAACACAUCCCAGUCCGCAGGGGAAACUGUGCCUGAGCCCAAUGAAGCAGAGGUUGAGAAUUCCGUUUUCAAACUCGUGGCGACGGUAGCAUCACAGGAUGCCCCAGUCCAAACACAGGUUCGUGAAGCACUUGCUCGGCCCCGGAUGGCCCACGCCCUUCGCCCCUCUGCCGGCAGCGCCCAGAGGAUUGUGGGAGAUUUACGGAGCGCCAAGUGGAGCACCAGACGGGAGGAGCGAUACAGGAUCCUUUCCAGCCAUCGUGCAGGGUUGCCUGUAGAACUACCUGAUUCGGAACAGCCAGAAUCCACAGAGCGAGGGGAAAGAGAUGAGGAGUCUUGUAAAGAUAUCUGGAGCCUGGGUGAAGUUCAGGUGUUUGACAUUAUCCAGGAAGAUGGGGACCAGGACCAAGCUCCUAGCAAGACGCUGACCCCUGACCCAGAGACUAUCCUGUGUAAUUCGAUGAAGAUGAUCCGUGAGAAACUGAGUGUGUCUGGAGAGGGCUUGGGUAUUGAGCACCGCGAACAGGAGGACGAUUAUGUGUAUGACCUUUACUACCAGGAAACAGUCACUGCCGGCUGGAUCCAGGACAUCCUGUCUGUCAGGCCAUACUCUGAUGAGGGAGAGCUGGUGCCUGACUUGGUGGUGAAUGAGGAAGACGUGUAUGAGGAUGAAGAUGAUGAGAAUGAAGAGGGGAACUGGAGGAAUGACUACCCAGAUGAAGACAGUGAUGACGGCAGCGACCGAGAGGAGCGCUAUGGUGGCUACUGGGAAGAAGAGCACUCAUACAGUCGCAGGUCCUGGGACCGGUACCAAAGCGAGGUGAUGCAGGAGUUGGAUGAUGACGGUGGAGACAAGGAUGACUCUGACUGAGCUUCAGCUCCAACCAUCCGUGAAUGUGUUUUUUUUUUAACUGUGCAAGUGUUGGAGUGAAUUUGUGAGUGUUUUGUUCAAACACUUUUGGUAGAUAUGUUGCACAUACGUGUGGUAUGCUUUCGUGUGCUUCUUGUUGUUACACUUGUAUGUUAGUGAGAUGGUUUGGGACUGUGUGUUUGCCUUUGGGUCUUUGCCUUUUGUGCAUGGUAGUAUGUACGUGUAAGCGUAUGGUAGUGACUGCAUCGGAAAGUGUGGGGCGUUUUUUUUCUUUACAAUACGUUUGGUUCUACAUUCCCCCGUCACAUGAAUAUCGUACUGUUGACGUGUGAGAGAUGAAAGAUUAACUUUGAAUUCCCUUUUGUAAAUAUGUAGAUGUGUAUAAAAUAAAGCUUUCAAUAAAUGUAAAACUUCCAAAGAAA